UCCCUCCUCUGCAGCUGCCAGACCAGUUCCUGCUGCUGCUCAGGGAGAGCGUCUGGGAAGUACCUUGCUGACCACUAAGAACAUCAUGAGCUCAAGCUAUUGGAGUGAGAUGAGCAGCAGCAGCUGUGGGACUCCACAGCCCCCAGAGGUGCUGCAGUACCAGCCUCAGCAUUACCACUGCUACCAUCAGUCAAGCCAAACCCAGAACCCUCCGGAAAAAAAUGUAGUGUAUGAGAGAGUGAGGACCUUCAGUGGGCCAAUGAACAAGGUGGUUCAGGCCUUGAACCCCAUCACCUCACAGGAAGUGCUCUCUCCUAUUAAAACUGUCUCUUCCCACCAAAAUUUGGUUUGGAGCAACCAUUCUCAGGAACUCCAUUCUCCAACUCUGAAAAUAUCUACUUGUUCCCCAAGCAGUCUACAUAUAACCCCAAAUACUGAACAGGAACUCCAUUCUCCAACGGUGAAAGUCACUGCAUGUCCACAGACUAAUAUUAAGAGAUACAUAGUACAAAAUCCUGAACAGGAACCACUUUCUCCAUUCCUACGAGGAGGCCAUUUCUUCCCAGGAAACAAUGUUAUUUAUGAGAAAACAAUAAGAAAAGUAGAGAAGCUAAAUUCGGAUGAGGAAUGCUAUCCACGGGUCCAAUGCCAUCAUCACAUUGUCCGACAGCCCCAGAUCGUCCACUCUGUGCACUGUCAGCAACCUCAUUCUAGCCAACAAAUCCAAACCAUCACAGGAAGUGACUCAAUUUCUACAAACACUGGAAAUGAACUGUGCCAUAGUGGAUCAAGCUAUUUACAUGAUCAGGUGAUAAUUCAAGAUGAUGGCCCUGAAAAGUUGGACCCCAAAUAUUUUGGAGAGUUGCUUGCUGAUCUAAGCCGUAAAAAUACAGAUCUAUAUUACUGCUUAUUAGAAUAUUUGCAGAGAAUUGGAGGAAGCAAAGAGAAUUUUGAGUCUUCAUAUGAGUCAGAAGACAUUGAAUCCUUGAUUCCUAAAGGAUUGUCAGAGUUUACAAAACAGCAAAUUCGCUAUAUUCUGAAGAUGAGGGGUAUGUCUGAUAAAUCACUCCGGCUAGUGCUGUCCACAUUCAGCAACUUACGGGAGGAGCUUGGACAUCUUCAAAAUGACUUGACAUCACUGGAAAAUGACAAGAUAAGACUUGAGAAAGACUUGGCAUUCAAAGAAACUCAAAUAAAAGAGUAUGAAGAACUCUUGGCAUCGGUGAGAGCAAAUAAUCGCCAACAACAGCAAGGAUUUCAAGACUCAACCUCAAAAUGCCAAGCAUUGGAAGAAAACAAUCUCUCUCUUCGACAUACACUAUCAGACAUGGAAUAUAGACUAAAAGAACUGGAAUACUCUAAGUGUAAUUUAGAACAAGAGAAUAAAAAUCUUAGAAUACAGGUUUCUGAGACUUGCACAGGCUCAAUGCUGCAGAUGAAAAUGGAUGAGAUUGGCAACCAUUACAUGGAGAUGGUAAAAAACUUAAGAAAGGAGAAAGAUAGAGAGAUCUGCAAGCUAAGGACUCAGUUAAAUCAGUACCAAAAAGAUGUUUCAAGAAGAGAAGGAAGUUACAGUGAAUUUCAAUUCAAGCUUCAUGAACUGACAAGCUUGCUGGAAGAGAAGGAUUCCCUUAUAAAGCAUCAAUCAGAGGAACUUUCAAAGUUGAGACAAGAAAUUUAUUCAUCUCAUAACCAAAUCUCCAGUGGUGGAAGGACUACUAUCACCACUAAAAAGUAUAGGACACAAUAUCCAAUCCUAGGCCUCCUUUAUGAUGACUAUGAAUAUAUACCACCAGGUAGAGACACACAGACUAUUGUGAUUGAGAAAACAGAAGACAAAUGGACUUGUCCAUGAAUGGACCUCCAAAUCAAAGGAGCUUUUGUGUCUACAUUAGUACUUUAUUUUCCAUUACUAAAGGCCAAUCAAUAUUUUGAACCAUGCUACUACUCAGUGAAUCUAAUGAAAUGAAUUAGUUCUGCAGAUGACAGUUUCUCCAGCCACUACCAGGCCUUUCUAUUACAUUUUUGUAUUCAAUAUAGCAACACAUUGUUUAAACUCCAAUUCCAGACACUGUAGAACAUAAUCCACUGUUUUUCAAUAGGGUGCUUCCUAGACACUGAACUAAUUUGUUGGAGUAGAGAUUUUACAAAUUAUUCCAUUGGAAGAUUUUCUCUGAUAUUAAAUGUGCAAUUCAGCUACAAACAUAAAUACUGUUUUUUAACCCCCCAAAAAGAGGCAAGAAUUAUUGAGUUUUUAAAAAGUUCACUACAUUGUAUAUAUAGCAUAUAUUUGCUUUUCUUACAUUAAACUUCAUGACUAAAAGAGAUGCUCUAUUACAUGCUAUUUAAACCUUUCAGAGAUAUAACUAAAUCACAGGUGAUGGGUAAUUUCAUUUAUCGGGGAAGUAGGAUAAUAUUUUUUAAAAUAACUAAGUCCACUAAAUUACAUAGUAUACUAUUAUGGUUCUAAGAACAUAUCAGUGGCUUGGCUUGGCAAAUCUAUUCUUUUGAAGUAUAUCAUCUUCAAAUGAGCCCACUCACUUCCUUAAAAAUAUGUAAUACUAUAUUGUAGGAAUGGAUAGAAGGAAGGUGGACUUUUUUAUAGAAGUAUACAACAUGUUACAUUGAAUUUUUGCGUAAGGUUUAGAGAAUAAGAACAAGAACAAAUACUUGACACUUGUAUCCUAUUUGGGAGAAAAAGAUUUUAUAGUAUGCAAUGCACUUAGAAGUUGGUUGAUUAACUGGGUUCUAAUGACUCUGCAAAGUGAACAAAACUAUUUUCCAAAUACAUGAGUAGAUAAGAAUGAAAUUUCUUAAUUUCAAAUCCUAUGGUUAAAAUUAAGAAUUGGUGAAAAUUAAAAUGUUUCCAUUUGACAAAGUACAGAUUAAAACAAUAAAUAUAUUUGGUUUACAUGUGA